GGCCGGAUGUGGCUGCACCUGAGAUCACUUCCGGCGGGUGACGGUGCGGACGGGUCAGGAGCGUAGAGGCGGCGGCAAAAUGGCGGCGCCUGAGGAGCAGGAUCUAACUCAGGAGCAGACCGAGAAGCUGCUGCAGUUUCAGGAUCUGACUGGCAUAGAAUCCAUGGAGCAGUGUCGCCUUGCUUUGGAGCAGCAUAACUGGAACAUGGAGGCUGCAGUCCAGGACAGACUGAAUGAGCAAGAGGGUGUACCGAGUGUUUUCAAUCCACCUCCAUCCCGACCCCUACAGGUUAAUACAGCUGAUCACAGGAUCUACAGCUAUGUUGUCUCAAGACCACAACCAAGGGGGCUGCUUGGAUGGGGUUAUUACUUGAUAAUGCUUCCAUUCCGGUUUACCUAUUACACGAUACUUGAUAUAUUUAGGUUUGCUCUUCGUUUUAUACGGCCUGACCCUCGCAGCCGGGUCACUGACCCUGUUGGGGACAUUGUUUCAUUUAUGCACUCUUUUGAAGAGAAAUAUGGGAGGGCACACCCUGUCUUCUACCAGGGAACGUACAGCCAGGCGCUCAACGAUGCCAAGCGAGAACUGCGAUUUCUUUUGGUGUAUCUUCAUGGAGAUGACCACCAGGACUCAGAUGAGUUCUGUCGCAACACCCUGUGUGCACCUGAAGUCAUUGCGCUGAUAAACAGCAGGAUGCUCUUUUGGGCUUGUUCUACAAACAAACCUGAGGGCUACAGAGUCUCACAGGCUUUACGAGAGAACACCUAUCCGUUCCUGGCUAUGAUUAUGUUGAAGGAUCGCCGCAUGACUGUGGUGGGACGGCUGGAAGGCCUCAUUCAACCCGAUGACCUCAUCAACCAGCUGACAUUUAUUAUGGAUGCAAACCAGACUUACCUGGUGUCAGAACGCCUAGAAAGGGAAGAAAGGAACCAGACCCAAGUGCUGAGACAGCAGCAGGAUGAGGCCUACCUGGCUUCUCUGAGGGCAGACCAGGAGAAAGAAAGGAAGAAGAAAGAGGAGCGGGAGAGGAGACGCCGAAAGGAGGAGGAGGUGCAGCAGCAGAAGCUAGCCGAGGAGAAGAGGCGGCAGAACUUACAGGAGGAAAAGGAAAGAAAGUUGGAGUGCCUGCCUCCUGAGCCAUCCCCAGAUGACCCCGAAAGCGUCAAGAUCAUUUUCAAGUUACCCAAUGAUUCCAGAGUAGAGAGACGAUUCCAUUUUUCACAGUCUCUAACAGUCAUCCAUGACUUCUUAUUCUCCUUGAAGGAAAGCCCUGAGAAGUUUCAGAUUGAAGCCAAUUUCCCAAGACGGGUCCUGCCCUGUGUCCCUUCAGAGGAAUGGCCCACUCCCCCGACACUGCAGGAGGCGGGACUCAGCCACACAGAGGUCCUCUUUGUUCAGGACCUGACAGACGAAUGACACUCUUCUGCCUCUUUCCUCCCGCCCCAACCCCUAAAAGAAAUGGAAAAACAAAAAGAGAACAAGAGAUAAAUUCAUAUUAUUAUUAUAAUACAAUAUUUUUUUUAAGAAAACUGCUGCAUCCUGAGGAAGGAUCAGAAACCAUGCUGCCUGCGAGAGUCACAACCACACCAUGCGUGUGCAGGGUCAGCAGUGAACCAGCCUGCGCGGCAGACUCGCCUUCCCCAGCCUCUACACAACCUUCCAGGAAGAGACUUCACCUGACCCGUCUGUCCCUAGUGGGGAAGGAGACAUUCCCUCUGUCUCGCAUUCAUUCUUGCUUUUGUAGAAAAUACAGAUGAAAACCUCCACCAACCAGCUACAGCAGCAUCUCCUGAGGAAGAGUGGAAGCCAGGAUGGAACAGACUGCUCAGUUUACGAAUAACUUUGUUUCUGUUUGUUUUGUAAUGAUAACGACCAAAGGAAUGAGGCUGACUUAGGUGUAUUUUUUUUUUCCUUAAAUUUAUUUGAUAAAGAGCCAAUGCCCUGGGCUCCUUAGCCCAAGAUAGUGUAAUAAAGGUGCCCUGGGCUAA